UAAAUAUCUUAUGAUAUUUAUCUCUGAUCUCCAUGAGAUCAGCAAGAUCUCGGUCAAAAUUUUGCACAGUUAGUACUGACACUUCUAGGUAUUUGCUGUCAGUAAAAAAUACAGGAACACUCUUACUAGCAAUCCUCAACUUAAUUUAUUAAAACAUUUUUUUUAGGGUGAAGCACAGAAAAUUGAAAAACUUAUGCAGGAUUUUGCUGAACAGUAUGUUGAAUGUAACCCUUCUGAUGAGAAAGGUGUAGUGGAUACCAUCCUUAUUCUGGCUUUUGCCAUUGUGAUGCUGAACACUGAUCUGCACAGCCCUAACGUCAAGAGAAGGAUGACAGAAAUUGACUUCAUGAACAAUUUAAAGGGUACAAACAAUGGUGGCGAUUUCCCAAAGGAAAGCCUGUUAGGAAUCUACAAUAGAAUUAAAAAGGUACCAUUAAUAAUUUGGUUAGUUAGUCUUCAGUUUGCUGCAAAAGCAGACCAAGACAUUUUUUAUACAGUGUUCCAUUCUUAAGUGUUCAUGUGAAGGCGGGCUAAUAAAAGGUUGAAGACUAGUGGUAAAAGGCCUUUGGUAUGACCCAGUGUUGGGCUGCCAGUUAAGCAGAGAGACAUCUAAAACCCAUGGAAAGUCCAGCUUGUCUGGUGCAAGUUGCUUUGUUCAGGAUGUCCCACUGUAUAAUGAACAAUAAUUAUAUCAUAAGCUCAAAAUUUCUAUUGUGUGAUAGUUGACGAGGGUGGAGCC